AUGAUUUAUGUCAUACUUUUUAUCAUCACACUUAUUGGUGACAAUCUUGGUCAAGUCAUUUACGAGAGCAUGGCGGAGGACAAAUCUAUUGAUGCAAUGCAAAUCUGUUACAAGGAAUUUUAUAAAAGAGAACUGUUUCUUGAAAACCAAGUUAAUAAAUUAACAAAGGAAGUGAAGUCGAUAAAAGGAUGGACUAUGUUUAUGAACUCAGAGUAUUGGCUGGGUCGCGAUGAGGUUACUUGGGAUAGAGCAAAGUUAAAUUGCAUGGCAGAGGAUGGUAAAUUAGUUGAAAUAGAAUCAUAUGCAGAAGAUAAUUUUGUUCGGGCUUUAGCUAUGGAAUUAACAAAAACGGUUUGGCUAGGAGGAACUGACGUCGGGACUGAAGGGCGAUGGGUUUGGGGGUCCAACAGAUCCCCAUUUACAUACAGCGCAUGGAACAGAGCCAAAGGACAACCAAAUAACUACAAUAAUCAGGACUGUCUCGGUCUUUAUCGUCCAUACAACCUAACGUGGUGUGAUGAGAAAUGCGAAACAAGAUACCAAUACAUCUGCGAAAAAGAGAUUACUCAAGAUUCAUAGAAAGCAAACAUCUUCUGUUCAAAGACUGUGUUCAUCAUGUUUUGUUUGUUUUGAUUUGGGUU